AUGGAGACACAGUGGUCAGGGGCUUUGCAAAGAGCACGGGCACGGGCCUCAGCCACCUUUGUCUUAUCCAGCAAGCCCCCUUCAAGAUCUCACACUGCAAAUACAUCUCAGUCCCAGUGCGGGAAGGGACGCAGGACCUCGAGCAGUGAACUCGAUCAAGCAGCAAACAGUAUCGACCUGAGGACCUUUCCCUGUGCCGCCGUGCUGUCAUCCUUCUGCCCCUGGACGACAAGGCCUUGUGCAUCCACCCACGCUCAGAUCUCGUUUAGCUUGGAGCGGGAGAUCACAGGCGAUGUGUUUGGCCAGAGGCUGUGCCUAGAGGAAAUGAAUUACCAGGAAAGUGGAAACUACACCAGAGUGACGGAAUUCGUUCUGGUGGGGCUGUCCACGCACCCCGCAUCCCAGAGUGCCCUCUUCUGGUCACUCAUGUUUCUCUACGUGGUGACUUUGGCGGGAAACGGCAUGAUCAUCUUCCUGGUAGGAGUCAGUUCUCAGCUCCACACCCCGAUGUAUUUCUUCCUCAGUAACUUAUCGUUACUGGAUCUCCUGUUCUCCACCAGUGCUGUGCCCUUGAUCAUGGUGCACUCUCUGCAGGACUUCCCCACCAUCUCCUACCGCUCCUGCUUUGCCCAGCUCGCCAUCCGAGCCUUCCUGGUACUGGCAGAGUGCUUCCUGCUGGCCAUCAUGGCGUACGACCGGUUUGUGGCAAUCUCAGCUCCGCUCCGGUACAACCUGGUCAUGUCUUCUCGAGUAUGCGCUGUGCUGGUGCUGGCUGCGUGGAUGGCAGCUCUCCUCCUCACCGUUACACCCGUUCUGCUCUUGCCCAUCAGCUUCUGUGGGCAUAACGCCGUCAAUCACUUCUCCUGCGAAGUGCAAGCCAUCUUCAAAUUGCUCUGUUCCAACACCACUUCCCUAGAGGUUAUGAUGAUGGUGUGUGCUGUUACUUCAAUGCCAGUGCCUUUGAGUUGCAUCCUGAUCUCCUACCUUUGUAUCCUCAAGGCUGUCUUAAGAAUCCACCCAGCCGAGGCCAGGCUUAAAGCCUUUUCCACGUGUGGCUCUCACCUGGUUGUGGUCACCAUCUACUUUGGGACACUAAUAUAUAUUUAUGUGAGGCCUCAGACCAAAAAGGUCGAGGACGGAGACAAGAUUGUCUCUAUAUUUUAUGCAGCGGUGACCCCAAUGCUAAACCCCCUCAUCUAUGCCCUGAGAAACAAGGACGUGAAGGCUGCUCUCAGGAGAGUGACUUGUGGGGCCAAGUCCCGAGGCUCCAGCACGCAGCAGGGUGCUGGGUGA